UUCCCCGUUUGAGGUUACGUUUUCCAAAACGUAACCUCUGUAAAUUGUGGCAACAGGCCCCGGAGUCACAUGCUGUUUUCACAAAAGAGAGAGAUUAUCUAGAUUAGAGACCAUGGGUAAAAAGGGCAAAGGAAGAGACGGUAACUUGGGAAAAUCUUUAAUCAGAGAUCGAUUUGGAUCUAGGAAAGUUAAAAGGAUCAUCAACGAGCCGUCCAUGCUUCAUACUACAGAGAUUAACGAUGGAUACGAUUGGGGUCGACUCAACUUGCAAUCUGUUACAGAGGAGAGCUCGUUCCAAGAGUUUCUAUCGACCGCCGAACUCGCGGGGACAGAGUUUCAUGCGGAAAAGUUAAAUAUUAAGUUUGUGAAUGCCAGCAGUGGCGGCUUGCUCUCCAAGAGUGAAAAGGAGAGAGUGUUAGAGAUGCAAGAGAGAUGCAAGAGCCUUGUUAAGAUACCUAGAAGGCCGGAAUGGAACAGUUGUACAAAUGCUCAGGAAUUGCACACUCUUGAGAAAGAGGCGUUCUUGGAAUGGAGGCGCCAUUUAGCUACGUUGCAAGAAGCCCAGGGUUUGAUAUUGACACCUUACGAGAGGAAUUUACAAUUCUGGCGACAAUUGUGGAGAGUGGUAGAACGCAGCGACGUGAUUGUACAAAUUGUAGAUGCACGUAAUCCACUGCUCUUUCGCUGCGAGGACUUGGAGCGUUAUGUUAAAGAAAUUAAUCCCGACAAAUUGAACAUGAUUCUUCUCAAUAAAGCGGACUUCUUAACGGACGAGCAAAGAGAAGCGUGGGCAAAAUAUUUUACAGAUAUCAAUGUACAGGUGGCUUUUUUCUCCGCUACGCUAGCGGCAGAAAAACAGCCGAUUGAAGAAGAGGACGGCGAUGAAGCGAAAUCGAUAGACAAAAGUGAUAACCAUCAUUUGGAUAAGAAAGAUGAAUAUAGUACUGAUGAGCGGGAAUCGGAAUCUGAAUACGAAACCGCGGAGGAUUGUCUCGACGACGAUGCGUGUGCUGUACCCAUACAACAUAUAGUUGAUAGCGAUAAACAAGAGGAAGCUCAACGCACGAUGGAGAAUUUAAAAAUCUCUGACACAGAUUUGGGAGACGAAACAAAGAAGAUAGUUAAUUCGCCGAAAUUGUUAAAUAGAGAAGAUCUCGUGACGUUAUUUAAAAUGAUUUAUAGUGGCGGUAAAACCUACACGGAUGGAGUGACGACGAUCGGUUUGGUGGGAUAUCCGAACGUUGGAAAAAGUUCCACUAUCAAUGCCUUGCUCAUGGACAAGAAAGUUUCAGUGUCUGCCACGCCGGGCAAAACCAAGCAUUUUCAAACGCUGUAUUUAGACAAGGAUUUACUAUUGUGCGAUUGCCCAGGCUUGGUGAUGCCGAGCUUUAUUUCUACAAAAGCAGAGAUGAUCUUGAAUGGCAUACUGCCAAUUGAUCAGAUGCGAGACCAUGUGCCUGCAAUUACGUUAUUGGCUACAUUGAUACCUAGGCAUAUUCUAGAGGACCUGUAUGGCUUCAUGUUACCUACAUCACCCGAGGGACAAGAUUCGAAUCGUGCACCAACCGCGGAGCAACUUUUAAACGCACAUGGUUACAAUAGAGGUUUUAUGACGCAGAAUGGUCAGCCGGAUAAUUCACGUUCAGCCAGAUACAUUUUAAAGGAUUUCGUUAUCGGUAAAUUGCGAUACUGCGUUGCUCCACCAACAUUCGAGCAAGAGCGUUUCCAUACGUUUCCGCCACGACGUCGCAAUAUAUCUGCCAACAGACACGUGCCACCCCGAACAGUUCGCGCAAACCAGGGAUGUCAGGUAACAAUCGACGACGUGGACCGCAAGUUCUUCCAGGAUGUACAUGUGAAAAAGAUUCGUGGACCUGCGCUGCAAUAUUCUACAACGCACGCGAGACCAGCGGUUAAUUUGACAGAAUCAAUCGAUGGUCAUUCUGAUGAAAUCAAGAAACCUUGGAAAACAAUAAACAAGCACGUUAACAAGAAGAAACGUGAGAAGACUCGAAGAUUAUACGCUCAUCUUGACCAACACUGAGUAAAAGAUGUGCGAAAAGUAUAAUUUUGCAUUUUCUCAAGCUAUUGACUUUAUAACAGCUAUACUGCAUGUAUAGAUGUACAAACAUGUAUAUUGCAGAUUUAUAUUCAAUUGUAAUCGUGAAUGACACGUGUACAAGUACAUAUACGCUAAAAUAUUAUAGUAUCUUACACUUUA